AUGCAAAUCUUUCUACUUUGUGCAAUAUUUUUCACCUUUUUCAUAACAAUCAAUGCUUGGUAUUAUGGAAGAGCCGAGCCAAAUGCUUGGACAACUGGUGGCGUUUGGCCUCUCCCAUGGCAGAUCACUUAUUUCCCUGGGAAUCACACUGUGAAUCCGUCACUGUUUCGUUUGCAAGCAAAAACCCCCGGCUGUGACAUCAUCGACAAAGCGAUUCAACGAUAUCGCACGCUCGCUUUCCCCGGCUUCAAUGCUGCAACAUAUCAAGGAGAUCAAGGGACACUCACCUCGAUCAUCAUCAACGUGGCCUCGAGUUGCCCAACCGGUGUCCCGACAUUUGACAUGGAUGAGAGUUAUUCCCUAUCAGUCACCAGCGCAAACGGCAUUGGCAUCAUUCAGGCAAAUCAAGUUUGGGGAGCGCUGCGAGCUAUCGAAACAUUCAGUCAUCUUGUUUUUCUUCCCAAAGAUAAUGUGUACAUGGUCCGCACGGCGAACGUCACCGACAAAGCUCGUUUCCCGUGGAGAGGAAUCAUGGUGGACACGAGUCGACAUUUCAUUCCCGUUGGAACACUUUUGCAAAACUUGGAUCUAAUGGCUCAAAACAAGAUGAACGUCUUUCAUUGGCAUAUCGUUGACUCGGAAGCGUUUCCCUAUCCAUCGAUUCGAUAUCCAGACAUUACAGCAAAGGGAGCUUAUAGUCCAAAGCAUCAAUACACAGUGGAUGAUGUGAAAAAAGUGAUCGACUACGCGAGACUCCGGGGAAUUCGGGUGGUGGCUGAGUUUGAUACGCCUGGCCACACUGGUUCUUGGGGUUACGGUGUGCCGAACCUGGUCUCACAAUGUUAUGACAGCAAUGGAAAACCGUCAAUCCUUCCCAAUAUUCUCGAUCCAACGCUGCAAGCGAAUCUCGACUUCUUGAAGGGUUUCUUUGGUGAAGCUCUUCAAAUGUUCCCCGAUGAGUACAUGCAUUUUGGUGGAGAUGAAGUUUUAGAGGAUAUGACUGAUUGUUGGUACAAUAAUCCGCAAGUUCGUGCAAGAAUGCAGCAACUUGGCGUUGGAUCCGACACCGGAAAGCUGCUCAACUAUUAUUGGCAGAAAUUUUUCGAUAUUAUUGACUCUGUUCGAAAUGGGACAAAGAAAAUUGUCUGGCAAGAGGUGCUGGAUCAAAAUGUGCCGCAAGAAAACACGAUCGCUCACGUGUGGAAGGGAUCAACCCUAUCCGAAGUGUACAGCGAAAUGUACAAUGUGACUAAAGCCGGUCAUUACGCGAUUCUCAGCAGUUGUUGGUGGGUUUUUUCGUUCGAGAAUGUUUAU